GCACCGGUGGUCUCCUUUCCCCCGCAUCUCGACUCAGUCUAACGUUUUCCUCCAACUUGGGUGGGGAACAAACAAGCGUCUGACAUAGGCUAUCCUUACACCUAGCCAUAAUGAAUCCUAGCAAGAACCGUCAGGGCAAUCAUUCGGAGGAGUUGUUCAUUAAUACGGGACGAUCGCCGGCCGAAUCGCCUGCUGUUGGACCGUUACGAAUUAACAAGAGAGACACACCUUCACCUGCACCACAAGGUGCUUCUCGUCCAUACCCCGAUGACCGACCAAACCCUCAGAGAAUGCGCGGUUCAAGUACCAGCCGUUCAAGCCCCACGGUGGACGGUGGACGUACAGCCGGCUCACCUAUGCAUACAGAUAGCCUAUUCACAAUGCCAGCUACCACCGGCCCAUCCAAAUCGGACUAUCCUGCAGCUUUGCGGCCGCGUGAUGGUCGCGAGCCAAAACCUGCUACUCUAGCGGAGCGACGAGGCAAUGUCCCCAAGCCCCUGCCUGAGUCGCCCGCGGGUGACUCUCCGGAUAGAGAUGGGCUGCUUUCAACGCGAUACCAGCGAGCUCCUGUCCCUCCAGCUCCUGUAGGCGGCUCCCAGAUUGAUGGGGCUGUUCAUCCGAGUUACCGUCAACAGUAUUACCCACCUCCCCAGCUCGUAACCUCAUCAGGUCCUCUAGUGAGACCGUCAACGGCACAAAGCCAACAGCAUCCCAGCAGUGCAAUAAAUCGUAUCAGCUCAACAGCAUCAACGUCGACAACUCGUGCCCAGCGGGGCUCUCCUCCCCCCCCAGAAACCCCAAUCGGUGAACCAGGCCAACAGCCAGCAUCUGACAUCGAGGCCAGGUAUGCUGCUUCUGGAAUUGCUGGUACCUCAACUCUAGCAGGCUUGCAUUCGCAGAGCUCUGCCGCUCAAAGAAGAGCUGAGCAGUAUGCAAGCCAACAAACAAGCAAUCAGCCUCCAAUUCAGCGGCCAUGGACGCCGACGGAGCAGCCAGGGAGCCAACCCCAUGGGCCUCCAAUGGUAUAUCAAGGCGCAGAAGCUGUAUCCACGGAGAAUCCUCCGGCAAAUUCUUUUCCGCCUCAAUCUGCAUCGAAUUUAUCGCAAGCAGCGCAGCAUCCAAGAAUCCCAUCAAAUGCUCUAGAACAAGAUCUAGAGAGGAUGCGCAUAAGCUCUUCACCCCCUCCCGCGUACUCGAGUGUACCCGGCCCGGUCGCUUCCCAAGUAUAUCCUAAUGAAAAACAACGUCAGACAUCCCCGGGCCAUCCAGCUUCCUCAGCAGUGCAUCCCGCCACUAUGGCACCCAUGAACGCGGCCCCGACGUCUGCGGCACCCGAAGUUUCGGCUCAGAACCACCCAGCAUUCGCGAAUGACUUAAGGCAAGAACAGUCGUCGGAACAAAGUCUGCAGAAUACCAUGCAGCCUGGGGCCCCGAAUGGAUACCAACAGACAAUUCAAGAAACUCAAGUUACUGCGUUGCCCGCCACUUCGGGAAUACCACCGGCCUCUCCCCCACCACUUCCUGAAGGUUGGAUAGCCCAUAUGGACCCAAACUCAAGUCAGUACUAUUAUAUUCACCUUCCAACUCAGUCGACCCAGUGGGAAUUCCCCAAAGGACCAACGCCAUUGAACCUCAACGAGACUCCUUUGUCCCCAGUAGGGAGCGUAUAUAGCAGCCAUCCUCUGGCUUCGCCAGGAUUGUCAGCCUUUGUUAAGCCGCUGGCGUCCCCCGGGAUCCCUCUGACUCCUGGAUAUGAGAAUUUGCAGUCACCCGUCGUCGUAGGGUUUACCGGUCCUCCACCAAAUAGUGGUGUGGACUUAUACAAAACUGCUCCAACAAAUGGUGUUUAUUUUGGUCCGUACCUUCGCUAUAGCAAUAUGGACCUGGAGCGCGGUAUUUGGUUAGGCUCUAUUCUCUUAGUUACCGAUGCCGCGCAGCCCCCAACGAUCCAUCUCCAUCAGAGUGUUGAUCUGUCACCAAACCCGCACCAACUGAAAGCAUCCGCUAUCGCCACUCAUCAGCGGUGGACCUUCUACAAGUACGACAUUAGCUUACAGAUGGAAGAAUCCGGUCCUGCAAAAUGGACCUACGCAAUUACGUCGCAUCUAGGCUGCACGCGCUACGAGUUCUUGGUCGCUGGACGAUAUGAAACUAACUGGCGCUUUAUCACAACCUCAGGAAAUGACUUCUCCCUCAACGUAAACGCAAAUGAGCGAUCUCGUCUUGGAGGAGCGAGUUUUAUGUGGAAAGACAUUAUGCAGAAGCACAAUGAGAUCGGGGGAUUCCAUGCGCAACUGUGCUUAGGCGGACAAAUUUAUGCUGAUCGAAUGUGGAAGGAGAUCCCUUCGCUCAAGCAGUGGCUAGCAAUUCGCGGGAAGGAGGCCCGGAGAACCAUGCCUUGGACUGCCACACAUGAGGAUGACAUCUCCCAUGCGUACUUUCACUACUAUACUAGCCACUUCGACCAGCCUCACAUACGAGAAUCGUUCGCUCAAAUUCCCUAUAUUUGCCAAAUUGAUGAUCAUGACAUAUUUGAUGGUUUCGGGUCAUACCCCGAGCAUAUGCAGUUCUCGAACAUGUUCAAGAACAUUGGACGUGUAGGUAUGGAGAUGUACCUUCUCUUCCAACAUCAUACUACACUCGAAAUACUCCGUAACGUCAGUACUGAUAUAGACUUAUUCACCAUCACUGGUACCGGUUGGCAUUUCGUUAAAUUUCUUGGGCCGGCCGUUGUUGUCGUUGGCCUUGACUGUCGGUCGGAACGCAACCCUCACCAAGUCGUCGCUGGGCCUACAUAUCAGGGUAUCUUCCCUAAAGUCGCAAUGCUGCCUCCAUCUGUCCAGCAUUGUCUGUGGAUGAUAUCCGUACCCGUCAUUUACCCCCGUUUGGAGACUGCAGAACAUAUCGCGAACACUGUCGCAUCAGGUAAGCGAGCUGUUACAGGUGCAUACAAUGUCCUUGGCAAAGUUACGAGCUCCGUGGCGGGCGUGGUUGGCGCAAAGGAAGUGGUGGGCUCCGGGUUCGAUUCCGUCAAGCGAGCCGUGGGCAAGUCUGGCCUUAUGGGCGGCAUCUUGAGCCCGUUUGGGGAAUUCGACCUUAUGGACGAGCUCCGAGAUCAAUGGACUCAUGAGUCCAAGGAUCUUGAGCGAACAUACCUCAUUCGCACUCUCCAAGGCAUUGCACACCAGAAAUUCCUCCGUAUGACUUUCCUUUCUGGGUCUGUCAACGUGUGUGGUGCAGGACUAGUUCACGAUCCCGCCCACCCUUCGGACCAUAAGACCAUGUAUCAAAUUAUAUCGUCCGCUGUUGUGAACAACCCACCGCCUUCAUAUGUCAUCAAGCUCCUUCACAGUAGCAACAAGCCUCUAUAUGUUCCUGCUAAUGGGCAUCGCUCUACACCAUCGCAACCCACCGAUACAAAGGAAGACAUGAUGGAGAUCUUCCAAACCGACGUCAUGGGCCAGGCUCGCGAGCAUCGGAAGCUGAUGGGUCGUCGUAAUUACGCAGCCAUUGUUGCUUAUGACCCUGAAACGGUAAAUGUGAUGUAUGGCCAAGCUCCUGUGGGUCAUGGAGGAAGGCUGAAUCUUGCCGUUGAUUUUAUGGUUCAGGGCGACGGAUCCUAUGGGACGGUUGUCAAGUAUGGUCCGGUGAUUAUCCCGAGCUUAGGACAUGGGAAAUGAGUUGGAUUUUGGUAAGAAGUUUUCCAAUGGCUCGCUCUGUGAAUACCCGGUUUUCUCUCAUUCCAAUACUGCAUCACACAUAGAAUCUACACAUUGUUAUCAGGAAGAUCUAGCACACGGAGGUUGGUAGUUAUGAUUAUAUGGAUGCUAAACCCUCACUGCAGCUUAUUCUCGGCGUACAAAAGAGCAUCCUUGCGCCUCUGCCCAAAACUUCAAUCUCCUCACCUCCUCUGAACAUUCAU